AUGUCGGGCUCUUCGCGAGCGGCUUCAGCGACCCUUUUGGGCCGCGGUAUCAGGUCAACUGAAAAACCAGGCCAGGACUACCAAAUGAUUUUACCAACGCUGCCAACAGGUGCGUCCGUUCUGCAUACGGUGUUUUUACAUGGUGACGUUAAGGCGAGGCCUUACAGAGUGGAACAUUUUCGAGACGCUCUUACACGGCUGUCUCUCAUGCCGGAAGUGGUUGCACUGGGUGCUUAUCAAAUGAACCAUCUGUGGGCGGUGACUUUCAAGGACGAAGAAGGGAAAAAGAGGAUUAUCGCUGCAGACGCGUUUGAUGUCAAGGACCACCGCUGUGUGGUCGUCGACCCGUGUGACAGAGGCGUCCGUAUCAAGCUCUACUGGCUCCUUCAUGGUGUACCUGACGACGACGUUCGCACUGCCUUGUCGCCUUUUGGCAAGGUGACUGAGAUCACCAGGGACAGGUGGCGGGUACAAGGAUGCGUUGACAAAGGGUCAACCACCCGUACUGUCACUAUUAAGCUGAAAGCAGGCGUCACCGCUGAAGACUUGCCCCACCAGCUGCGAGUGGCGGAAGAUGUUGCGCUCGUGCACGUCCCUGGCACAGCUCCCCUCUGCCUCCGAUGCCGUGGCAUCGGGCACAUACGACGCGAGUGCCGGGUGCCACGCUGUGGGCUUUGUCGUCGUUUCGGCCACGACGAGACCCAGUGCGUCCGAACCUAUGCCACAGUGACAGGCCCGGCAUUGAAGGAAGAUGUCACAGAUCACUUGAUGGACGUGGUCGACGCAGUGGAAGCCGCAGGCGAAGGGAAAGAGACCCAGUCCUCGGCGUUAACGCCCCUGAAGAAGGCAACGACUGUUAAUGAAGACGAGUCAUCGGACGGCUGGAAAGACCCAUGGUAUGACACGGUGGAACCAACUAACUCAACAGAGGUCGAGGUAAAAGAGGCCAAAGAUACGUGCACAUCAACAGAAGUGACGACCGGCGAACAGCAUGACACUGAUGACACCGUGAUGGCAACGUCAAGUAGUGCACCUGCUAAGAGGCUUCACGAAGAGGCGGAUGAGCAAGAGGAAAAGGAUCAAGAGACUGCGAAUGAUGAGCCUCCUCCGAAAGCUACCCCGGGACGCCGACCUGCGUUCAAGCCCAAGCCCGGCGUUCCAGCCAAACGCCGUUCUACAACCCAGACGCCUCCGCGUUAGCGCAGGCGUUCCUGGGUUAGAAAAAUUGUUGUUAGGGUCUGGGGACUGGGGUUUGUGGGCAGGAUGUGCGUCGGCCGUCGUCAUUCGGCUAUGAAGUCCAGAAAACCAUGGUCCGCCUCCGUAGACCGUCGAGUCAUCGCAGCAGCUGUGAGACGGACGAUGUGUGGUAAUUGGUUUAGUUUCUCCUCCCGUUAAAUGGUAGCUAAUUUUUCGACUGGUCUUUGUGUCGCGACGUUGAACGUGCGUGGACUUAGCGGGCGCAGAAGGCAAUGCCAAGUUAACCGUAUUCUUAUUGAAAAUAAUAUUGACUUAUUGGCCAUUCAAGAGACAAAAAUUGCAACUGAUGAAUGCACGGAGCAAAUGGUUAACGUUUUCCGCCCUAGAUAUACCGUAAGUGUAUGUCAUGCGGCGGGUAGGUCUGGGGGCUGCCUUAUUCUUUUGCGUAGCAGUAUUGCUGUAGUUGAAGCCGUCACCUCAUCCCAGGAUGGUAGAAUGGUCCUCUGCGAUUUUACUUUUUCAGAGAUACCUUGGAGGGCUAUAUGUGUUUAUGCUCCGAACGUAGCACGGGAGCGGGAAGUAUUUUUUGGUGAUAUUCAGCAGUACUUGAAUUGUGAAAGACAUGUCAUAUUACUGGGUGAUUUUAAUUGUGUUUGCUUUCCAGAAGAUAAAUCUAAGUUGACUAGUGUUUGUGAUAAAAGUGCGUUGCUUUAAAGUUCGAUUGUAAGGCAACAAGAGCUUGAAGACAUUGGUUAUGUGUUGUCAAGCGGAAAUCGUACCAUGUAUACGCACUAUCAAGGUCAAUGUCAUGGCAGGCUAGACAGAAUUUAUGCUCCGUUAACCCUUGUACCGUUAUUUUCAAGUUAUCAAGUGCUACAUGUUAGUUUUAGCGAUCAUUGCCUCGUUAUGUCAACCAUAGGAAAGAAACAAAAACCAUCGAAAUUCAGCUGGGACUUAUGGAAGCUAAAUGAUAAGCUUUUGCAAGACGACGUUUUUCAAAAAGCAGUUCAAGAAAAGCUCGAAAAUUUGCUCAGCAUAACUACGUCAGCGUUCUUCAUUGCAGAAUGGGAACUCUUCAAAAGAGACGUUAAAUUAACCGCGAUUGAAAGAGCAUGCGUAGUCUAUCACAAAGAAAAAGAGCGUGAGAAGGAAUUACACCUUAGGCUAAAAUACAUGCUCACCGCAGAAAGCUCUUCGCCUGGCUUAUUUUCGAAAGAAAUCAAAGAAGCUAAGUCGGAACUUGAAGUCAUGGAUGAAGAAAAGUACAGGGGUGCGAUAUUAAGGGCAAGGGCGGAGAGCUUAUGGAUGGGGGAGACGCCUACCAAGCGAGCAAUAAGUGACGAGAAGAAACACGCUGUUUCCAAAGAAAUAACAGAAAUAACUUAUCAAGGGGAAGUCACUAGUGAUGUUGGAAUGAUUGAACACGCUUUUGAGUCUUAUUAUGAAAGUUUGA